AUGGUUUACCAAGAAGAUUUUGAAGUUGAACAAUUCAUGGAUAAAUAUGAAACUUCAAUAACUAAUAAUAUGGCAGAGACAUGUUGUGAAUCAAUCAGUAUAAACCAAGUAUUUGAAUUAAUUCAAAAUGACUUAGAAAAAUCUAAAUUGGUUCUGCAACUUUUGGAUACGAAAUUAACAUAUGGACAUAUUAAAGGAUCACCAGAAUUGAAGCAAUCGAUUAAACAAUUAUAUGAAACUGAAUUGACUAGUGAUGAUAUUAUAAUUACAAACGGUGCAAUAGGUGCAAAUUUCUUAACUUUAUAUUCAAUUGUUAAUCCAGGUGAUAAAGUCAUAUGUGUUGAUCCAACAUAUCAACAAUUACCAUCAGUUUCGAAACUAUUUAGUGAAAAUACUGUUUUAUCGUGGAAAUUGAAAUAUGAAAAUAACUAUAAAUUAAAUAUUGAUGAACUCGAAUCUUUCAUGAGUCAAAAUCCGAAAUUAUUAAUUAUAAAUAACCCAAAUAAUCCUACAGGGGCUGUCAUCGAUGAUACACAAUUAAAAAAAGUAGUUGAAAUUUGUAAAAAACAUAAUGUGAUUAUAUUAUGCGAUGAAGUUUAUCGUCCAUUAUAUACAAGAGGAAUAGAUACACCAAAAUCAAUUGUUAGUUAUGAUUAUGAUAAUGUUAUUUCAACUAGUUCAAUGUCAAAGGCAUUUUCAAUGGCUGGAUUAAGAUUAGGUUGGAUAGUCACAAAAAAUAAAGAAAUAAUGAAACAAAUCACUUCAAAAAGAGAUUAUAAUAUGAUAUCCAUUUCAAUGAUUGAUGAUCUAUUGGCUGCUUUUGCAUUAAAACAUUAUAAAUCAAUAUUAAAUAGAAAUGAUAAAUUAUGUGAAAAAAAUUUGAAAAUUAUAAGUGAUUAUGUUGAAAAUCAUAAAUAUUUAGAUUUUAUGAAACCUUUGGGUGGCUCUGUUUGUUUUAUUAAAGUUGCAUCAAAGUUUGAUACUUUUAAUCUUUGUACUACUUUAGCUGAUGAAUUUAAAACUUUGGUUGUACCUGGUGAGGUUUUUAAUUAUCCUGGAUUUUUAAGAAUUGGGUUUGGUAAUAGUACCAAUGAUUUGAUUAAUGGAUUUAAACAAUUAGAUAAAUAUUUUGAAAAGUAUGAAUAA